GCGCUAAGUUUCAAAAUGGCGGCAACCACUAAAGCAACAUGUGUGGAAUCGAAUUCUUCGUCGGAAAAGGACAGUUCAUGCCUCGAGAAACAGGAGGAGAACGAGGGCAGACGCAUGGUAUUCUUUAGAAAAGUAAUGAGGAAAUGCUUAGACAAAAUCAUGGUUGCCGGAAGCCAGGAGAAGUUUGCCAGCUGUUUCACUAAAAUAAAAGAAAGAAACCCGGAUGAAUUUAAAAGCAUCACAGAACAACUGAUGCAACACCUCCAGAACAACAUUGAGAAAGAAAUUGACUUGAUGAUUAAACAAGAAGAUCUGGUGUAUUUCUUCAAUGAGCUUGACCGUAUUGUUGCAGCCUCUGAUAAAGAAGACCCUCAACCUGCUUGGAGGCCUUCAGGAGAUCCAGACAAAGAUAUAAUUGACCAUGUGAUGGAUGUGAAAUUAGCUUACAAGGAUCAACUGACUAACAUCCUUCAACAGGUGGAAAGUUACAACGACAGACUAAAAGGGGAAGUCUUACCCAAGAGAGAGGAAUUGGUAGAGACUGAGAGACGUCUGAGUGAAAAAACAAAUGCUUUAAGAGAGGCAGCAGAAUACUGUGAAGCAAACAAUUUAACAGCACUGCGUGAACAGUCUCUACUACUACUUACAAAGUGAUCAAGAGAGAUGAUAGGGAAC